UCCGUUCGCUUUCACUGCGCGCACGGGUUUGACACCCGAACACUCGCGUAGAUGUUAGACUCCUUGGUCCGUGUUUCAAGACGGGUCGUUUACAACCAUUAUGCCAGCGUCCGUGCCGAAGCGCGUUCCUCGGUCCAGGCUGGCAGCAUUGCACCCCCGGCUAUAAGGUGCCCCGAAGGGCACUACAUUCCGGGGCCUUUGACCUGCCGCCCAAACGACGCUGGCCCGCCCACGGGGAAGUACACCGGCACGAAUGCCGGCUGAACCCCGCGGCGAGUCUGGUCGCAAGCGCUUCCUUUCAACAAUUUCACGUGCUUUUUAACUCUCUUUUCAAAGUGCUUUUCAUCUUUCGAUCACUCUACUUGUGCGCUAUCGGUCUCCGGCCAGUAUUUAGCUUUAGAUGAAAUUUACCACCCAUUUAGAGCUGCAUUCCCAAACCAACUCGACUCGUCGAAGGAGCUUCACACGGACGCGGACACCCCGUCCCAGACGGGAUUCUCACCCUCUAUGACGGCCCGUUCCAGGGCACUUAGACGGGGCCGCACCCGAAGCAUCUCUGCAAAU